CUGCUCUCCCCGGCCAUGUCCCUGCCCGUCUUCACCGGCGACGCCUCCCCGGACUUCCACGCGGCGUCGUGCACGCAGCUGGACGGCAUCGUGUGGUCGUCCGUGGAGGCGGCGCUGCGGCAGGAGGUGGCCGUGGCGGCGGGCAUGCUCCGCCUCUACUUCCACGACUGCUUCCCGCAGGGCUGCGACGCCUCCAUCCUCCUCAACAACACGGCCGCCCGCGAGACCGCGCUCGGCCCCAACCUCACCAUCCAGCCGCGCGCCAUGCAGCUCAUCGAGUCCAUCCGCGCCAGGGCGCACGCCGUGUGCGGGCCCGUCGUCUCCUGCGCCGACAUCACCCUGCUCGCCACCCGCGACAUCAUCGUCAUCUCCGGCGGGCCCUGGUUCAACGUGCCGCAGGGAAACCUCGACAGCCUCGCCCCCGCGGCGCAGGCCAAGGUGUUCGACCUCCCGGCGCCCAACACGGCCAGCGUGGCGACGCUGGUGGAGUCCUUCGGCACCAGGGGCCUCGGCGACGUGGCCGACCUCGUGGCGCUCUCCGGCGCGCACACCAUCGGGCGGUCGCAGUGCGGCAGCUUCGAAGACCGGUCCCAGCGCGCCGACGACACCUUCUCCCGCAAGCUCGCCGCCAACUGCAGCAAGCACCCGGACCGGCUGCAGAACCUGGACGUGAUCACCCCGGACCUGUUCGACAACGCGUACUACAAGGCGCUGGGUUUCAACCAGGGCGUGUUCACCUCCGACAUGGCCCUCGUGAAGAACAAGACCACCGCGCCCAUCGUGAAGCGGUUCGCCGAGAGCAAGGAGGCCUUCUUCGGGCAGUUCGCCAGGUCCAUGGAGAAGCUCGCCAGGGUGCCCAAGCCGGCCGGCAACGUGGGCGAGAUCCGGCGCUUCAGCUGCUUCAGGACCAACGCCCAGGGCACCGACGCUGCCGUGGACGCCGCCGUCGAGGAGGAGGGCUUCGCCGCUUCCGCUUGAUCUGAUGGUUCGGUGGUCGGCAAGCAGGCUAGCUGCCCGCCCGUGCGUUGUGUUAGCGUGCAUGCAUGGCAUGGCCGUAGGCCGUAGCCAAUCGUAUUUGGGUUUCUUGGCAUGCUGCUUUUUUCUGUGUGCAAUGUUGGUGUAGCAAUAAAGAGACAGGGGUUUGGAUCGUCUUUGCA